UUAGGGCAAAUCCACCGCUAUAGGAUAUAUUUUCUAUAGUAAAAAUGGGAAAAGUUUGCAUCGUAAACAGUUGCCAAAGUGGGCGUAAGAGGAAAAAACAGAAAAAUGUUACGAAAUCCGUAUCUUUUUUCCAACCAACGGUAAGUAUGUAAUUUUCACUACACCUUAUAAAACAAAGUCCCCCGCCGCGACUGUCUGUUCGUGGGUUUGAAUGUAUCUUUGCGAUAAACAAACUACUGGACGGUUUCAGUUCGAUUUUCAUGCGGUUUUCACCUAUCAAUAGAGUGAUUCUUGAGGAAGGUUUACUUAUAUAAUUUGUUGACUAGUGCGAAGCCGGUCGCUAGUUAUUUAAUAAAAUAUUAUAUUGUGAUUUUUAUAUUUUUCUUAUAAAUUUCACAAUUUCACUUCAACAAUUCUUCAUUUUUCUAUUAAUUCUCAGACUCCGGCACGGUUGGAAAGUUGGAAAAAGUCGUUAGGAAUUGCAUUAAAAGCAAAUGAUUAUAUUUGCCAUCUUCAUUUUAAAGAAGAAAAUAUAAAUAUGUACGAAAAGUUAACUAUUAAAGGAGAGCUCAAAUAUAUUCCUACACAAAGAAAAACGCUUAAGGAAGAAGCUGUGCCCACGAUUGAGCAUCAGUUUAUUCCCAUUCCCGAACAUGAACUCCAAGCCAAUACUAUUCACAUAGAGGAAUCUUUCGAACCAUACCCCAAUCAACCUAAGGACGAGCAGCAACAACAAAUCAAUGCCGAGCAACAGGAAUUAUCAGAAGAUCAAAAUGAUUCUAAUUAUUUAAUGGAUUAUGAAAUGAUACAACAGGACUUUGCGGAACCAUUGUUUAGUCAAUAUCAGGAUACUAAUGUAACAAUAAAUCCAAUAGAGAAUUUUAAAAGUAAGUUUCGGGCAUUUUCGUUGUUGCCGCCUUUUUGGCUACAUGCAGAAAAUCCUAAUGGGCUGGAAUUUAUGCGAAUGGAUCCAAAAACUCAGAAGAUUAAACAUCAUAUACGUUUAAACGAUGAUCUAACUGUCACUGUAAUUUUUCCCAAUAAUGAACAAUUGCCACUAAAGGAGAAAAUUAAUUCAUAUGACAACACCUACGAUUACUUAAAAUCGGUUGAAAGAUGGCCUUUGUGCGUUGGUACUCAGAUUGACGACAAUAAGUAAGUUUUGGUAGAUUGUUAACCAAGGGAUGAACGCAGUGAGAGUAUAGUCCGAGGCUAAAAUGAUGCCAUUCACCCGAGUUAAACACUCUACUUUUCAUUUCGAAUACGAGGAACCUAGCCCCAAAGCUUGUACUAUGGGUGUAGGCGAUAAUACAACUGUUUGCAGUCGUCUUAUGAAUAUAUAUACCAUAAUGUAACAGUUGUAUUUAAAAUAAAAGGAUAACUCGUAAGCCUAACUUUGAUUUUAUUUAACAUUUUUGUCAUUAAAAAUAUUGUAUGUAACGGUACAUUAAAUAGGUCUUAAUUCUUGAACCUAUCCUAUUAAAACUCGACUUUUAUGUGUAUUUUAAGAACCCUUAUUAUGUAGGUACCUGUAGAUUAAAGCACUAUUUAUACAUAAACAAUGGUACAGGAGAAUAAUAAAAGAUAAAAACGAAUUUAUCUAAUAAUUACAUCAAU